UGAAUCGAAAAUUGACGCAAGUUGUUACUCUGCCGUCAUAUACACUAGUCCAGUUGUAUUAUUACGAGUUCACGUGCUUUCACUUCAAUUAUUUUGGUGUUUAAAAAUGACAGCUAACAAUGCAAAACGAAAUAUUUAUGUUGGGGGUCUACCAGAUGAAGCUGAUGAAUCUGUAGUAAGGGCUGCAUUCAUACCUUUUGGUGAAAUUGUCAAUAUUGAAAUACCUCCUGAUUAUGAAAAUCAUGAAAAACAUAGAGGUUUCUCUUUUAUCGAAUAUGAACUUGCUGAGGAUGCUGCAGCAGCUAUAGACAACAUGAAUGAUUCUGAACUAUUUGGGAAAACAAUAACAGUCAAUAUUGCCAGACCUAGGAAAAUUAAAGAAGGAUAUUCUAGGCCAGUGUGGUCUGAAGAUUCUUGGUUACAAAAGUAUGCAGGGAAAACAGAAGAAAACAAAAGUACAUUGGAAGAAAACAAUAAAGAAACUACCAGCGACACAGCCUCAGUUGCUGAUGGAGAAAAUAAACAAGAGGUUCAGAAGAAGCCUCGUGGCAACCCCCAAGUUUAUAUGGACCUGAAGGCGGGAAAAACAAACUUGGGCAGAAUUAUUAUUUUGUUAAGAGCAGAUGUUGCUCCUAAAACAGUUGAAAACUUUCAGGCUCUCUGCACUCAUGAAAAAGGUUAUGGAUUCAUGAACUCAAGCUUUCACCGUGUUAUUCCAGGAUUUAUGGCCCAAGGUGGUGAUUUUACGAAUGGUGAUGGCACAGGAGGCCGCUCGAUUUUCGGUGGCAAUGGGAAAUUUGAAGACGAAAAUUUUGUACUCAAACAUACCGGUCCAGGUGUACUAUCAAUGGCAAAUUCAGGACCGAAUUCAAAUGGAUCACAGUUUUUUUUAACGUUUGACAAAGCUGAAUGGUUGGAUAACAAGCACGUUGUGUUUGGUCAGCUACUUGCUGGUCUAGAUGUUUUGCGUAAGAUGGAGAAAUAUGGUACGAAGUCCGGAAAACCAACUGAUAAAAUCAUAAUUUCUGCUUGUGGUGAACUGUUAUAAUGUGGAAUCAAAUACACUUUUUUUAGGAAGAUUUUUUUUUUA